GAUCUCACCAGUCUAGUGGUACUCGGUGUUUCGUUCGCAGGCAGUCUCUUUUUCGAAGGAGCUUGCCUGCUUCGUUGUUCUUGGUUCCCCGGACCUCGUUUGUUAUGCUCACCUGAUGCUUGCAUUCCGUUCCUACAGUCUGUAGUUCUUCAUUUCUUGGUGGAUGAUUUGUAUGCUCCCAUUGCACUCGAUAUCUUCUCAUUGCUGCUGACUU